GCUGUCAGUCACGUCUGCGCGCUCCCGCUCAUCUUUCACGCACGCACGAGCGCAGCGGGAUGUAACAGCUGCUCACGCGUUUGCGUUUACUCGUCUUCCAUGCACUGAUAUUAGUAGACUACGUCAGUUUUUUCGCACGCAUCUGGAUCUUUAAACGCGCGCACGCGAAUCCGGAUAAGAAACCGCGGAAAUUCGGUUCCCAGAGAGAGAAACCGCAGGUGCGUUUAACGCGCGCGUCUCUCUCGCGCUAAUUACAACGCGACGCGCGUCCCAUCGCAAGCGUCAGCGAAUCCUCAAAGUUUAAAAGCGAACUCCGGUGUUAGUUCACCCGGGAUCCGGUCUCAGAACAGAAGAGGGGAGGAUGAUGAAGACGAGGAUGUCCGAGGAAGAGGUUCUGAUCCCGGAUGACCGCGCGUUUAGCCGCUUUAAACACGAGUGUGAAUCCGAGGAGGACUGGAGUAUCACCUACAACAAGAGCAGCAUCUGUGUGUGGAUCCAGGUGCUGGAGGAGGAGAAGAGCCUGCACAGGAUCAAGUGUCGUAUGCUGUGUAAGGACAUCCCAGCUGAAACCAUGUACGACGUGCUCCACGACAUCGAGUAUCGGCGAAAGUGGGAUGCAAAUGUCAUCGAGACGUUUGACAUCGGCAAACUGACGGUCAAUGCAGAUGUGGGCUAUUACUCUUGGAAGUGUCCUAAACCGCUGAAGAACCGUGAUGUCAUCACCCUGCGCUCCUGGCUGCCGAUGGGCAACGAUUACAUCAUCAUGAACCACUCGGUCAAACACACUAAAUAUCCUCCUAAGAAGGAUCUUGUGCGAGCCAUUUCCAUCCAGACGGGUUACCUGAUCCAGCGCACCGGCCCCACCAGCUGCACCUUAACAUACCUGGCACAGGUGGACCCGAGAGGUUCUCUUCCCAAGUGGGUUGUUAACAAGUCUUCCCAGUUCUUGGCUCCUAAAGCGAUGAAGCGCAUCAGUAAAGCGUGUCUUCGGUAUCCCGAGUGGAAGCAGAAGCACAGUCCGGGGAUUAAGCCGUGGUUAUUCCCGGAGCAGAACCCGCUGUCCAGCAUCCCGCUGUCCGAACUCUCCAUCCAACACGCCGAAUCUCUGGAGAACAUCGACGAGAGCUCACUCAGCGAGAGCAAAGACGAGCGCGCCGAGCACAGCGACGACGAGGGGAACAACUGACACACACACACACACACACACAGCCCACUGAAGUGCUAAAUCCAGAUUAUGAUUAAUUUGGUUACACGGAUGUAAAUGAUUUUGAGUUAUGAUUAUGAUUUCUGACCUUAUAUACGCAUGCAGUUUGUCUCCAGACACACAGAGGGCGCUGAUGUCCAUCUGCUGUACGACACUAGAGUUCAGUGAAUGAAUGAAUGUAGUACUGAAGAAUUAAAAACCAAUUACUGCCUGUGUUUUUGGA